UUACCCGCAGGUUCCUUGGCUUGGCCCGGUGGCCUACCUCUCACCGCAUACCGCUGCACGGCCCACGUGUGCCUCACAAGAUGUACCCGCGCACCUCCUCAGUCACACCCCUGCUGCCACCCGCACCCCAGCCAGCAUCCCCUCACCAGUGCAGACCCGCUCAGGAGCACAACACUGGCUUCUAUGGGCACUACAGAGGCCAAUUCAAGAGUGAAAGCGCUCAAGAAUACCGCCUUGCAGCCAAGCCCCAGCCUCCAGCAGUGUUCCUGCAGCGAUGCCAGGAGCCAGCACAGCAACACUUGUUCUCCAAGCAUGACAACCGUACUUCUUUCGACAAAGGCCCCUACUGCCUGCUGCAGGGAAUCGGAAGGCGGAAAGACCUGGAGCGUCUGUGGCAGCGGCACACCUUCCUGCGCUGGGCACCCCAGGAGCUGGAGUUGAGCCAGCAGCGGCCCCCUGAAUCCUCCUACCAGGCCAAUUUCCGGUCAGGCCCAGGACUCAGUGACCUCCCCCAGCGCCUUAUCCACUUUGUGCAGAUCGAGCCUCCCCGAAUCAGCACCACCUACCAACAGAACUUCUGCCAGCCAUCCCGGGGUGGCCACUGUGGCAGCAGCAAUACGGGACCGGUCACCAACACACUGCCUGACCUCCCAGGGAUCCCAAGACCCAAGCUGCUGCAGCAUUACCUUCAUGCUGGGGUCUCGGAGUGUCUAAACUGGUCCAGAUUAUUAAACAAGGACAGCUGA